GCUUCGGACGGUGCCGGCGAAGCGACAAGAGUCAUGGACGAGGAGAUCGUGUCCGAGAAGCAAGCGGAGGAGAGCCACCGGCAGGACAGCGCCAAUCUGCUCAUCUUCAUCCUGCUGCUCACCCUCACCAUUCUCACGAUCUGGCUCUUCAAGCACCGCCGGGCCCGCUUCCUGCAUGAGACCGGCCUGGCUAUGAUUUAUGGUCUCUUGGUGGGCCUUGUGCUUCGGUACGGCAUUCAUGUUCCAAGUGAUGUGAAUAAUGUGACCCUGAGCUGUGAAGUGCAGUCCAGCCCAACUACCUUGUUGGUAAACGUUAGUGGGAAAUUUUAUGAGUAUACACUGAAAGGAGAGAUCAGCUCACAUGAACUCAAUAAUGUCCAAGAUAAUGAAAUGCUUAGGAAGGUUACUUUUGAUCCAGAAGUAUUUUUCAACAUAUUACUUCCUCCUAUCAUAUUUUAUGCAGGUUAUAGUCUGAAAAGGAGACAUUUCUUCCGGAACCUUGGGUCUAUCCUAGCAUAUGCUUUUCUUGGAACAGCAAUUUCUUGUUUUGUUAUUGGGUCAAUAAUGUAUGGCUGUGUCACACUGAUGAAAGUGACUGGGCAACUUGCAGGAGAUUUUUACUUUACAGAUUGCCUGCUAUUUGGUGCCAUCGUAUCAGCAACAGACCCAGUGACCGUUCUUGCCAUAUUCCACGAGCUUCAAGUUGAUGUUGAACUCUAUGCACUUCUUUUUGGAGAAAGUGUCCUCAAUGAUGCUGUUGCCAUAGUGCUGUCCUCCUCAAUAGUAGCUUAUCAACCAGCAGGAGACAACAGUCACACCUUUGAUGUCACAGCCAUGUUCAAGUCUAUUGGGAUCUUCCUUGGGAUCUUCAGUGGAUCUUUUGCAAUGGGCGCUGCUACUGGAGUGGUGACAGCUUUGGUGACAAAGUUCACCAAAUUGCGGGAGUUCCAGUUGCUGGAGACCGGCUUGUUUUUCCUGAUGUCCUGGAGCACCUUUCUUUUGGCUGAAGCAUGGGGCUUCACAGGUGUGGUUGCAGUAUUGUUUUGUGGCAUCACACAAGCGCAUUAUACAUACAAUAAUUUAUCCACAGAGUCUCAGCAUAGGACAAAACAGUUGUUUGAGCUUCUCAAUUUCUUGGCAGAGAAUUUCAUCUUCUCCUACAUGGGGCUCACACUCUUCACCUUCCAGAACCAUGUCUUUAACCCAACAUUUGUAUUAGGAGCAUUUAUUGCUAUAUUCUUGGGAAGAGCUGCCAAUAUUUACCCCUUGUCUCUCUUACUUAAUUUGGGUAGAAGAAGUAAGAUUGGAUCAAAUUUUCAACAUAUGAUGAUGUUUGCUGGUCUUCGUGGUGCAAUGGCAUUUGCCUUGGCCAUUCGAGAUACUGCCACUUAUGCACGACAAAUGAUGUUCAGCACCACACUUCUGAUUGUGUUUUUUACCGUGUGGGUGUUUGGUGGGGGCACCACUGCCAUGCUGUCGUGCUUGCAUAUAAGGGUUGGUGUUGAUUCAGACCAAGAACAUUUGGGUGUUCCUGAAAAUGAAAGGAGAACUACUAAAGCAGAGAGUGCUUGGCUCUUCCGGAUUUGGUACAACUUCGAUCAUAACUACCUGAAGCCUCUGCUGACGCACAGUGGGCCUCCCCUCACCAGCACGCUCCCAGCCUGCUGUGGGCCCAUUGCCAGGUGCCUAACCAGUCCCCAGGCUUACGAAAACCAGGAGCAAUUGAAAGAUGAUGACUCUGAUCUGAUUCUGAACGAUGGAGAUAUCAGUUUGACAUACGGGGAUUCUACUGUGAACACCGAAUCAGUACCAUCUGGUGCCCCAAGGAGAUUUAUGGGCAACAGCUCUGAAGACGCCUUGGAUCGGGAGCUUGCAUUUGGAGACCAUGAGCUGGUUAUUCGAGGGACACGCCUGGUUCUUCCUAUGGAUGAUUCUGAACCCGCAUUAAAUUCAUUAGAUGAUACGAGACACAGCCCAGCCUAAGCUUAUUAAUACUUAGUGAUUUGUAUAAUUUGCACAUGUGAUUGUGAAGAAAUUUCUACUACCUAAAAAGUCCUAGUGCAUGUCUCUGAAUGUGUAAGCUAUAUAAAUGCUAUUUAUAUGGCAUAGAAAGAAUAUAAAUAUCCUGUACAAGGCAGAUUGUGAGCAAACUAUUCUUUUAAGUUUUGAUGGCUGCACUAUGUAGGCUGGAUCUAUUUUAGAAAGUUACUUUCACAGUGAUGUGUGUUUUGUUAGCAUUAUGUCUCAGUUAAAGUAUAAAAAGUGACAGAUUUACUCUUUCUUAUAUUUACCUGACACUUAUCCAGAGUACCAAGUUCUUGUGAUGUGAAUUAAUUUGUGUGUGCGCGUGCAUGUGUAUGUGUGUGUAUAUGUGUGUGCGUGAUGGGGGAGGGAGAGGGGCGAGGGGGCGUUACUGCCUCGGGAACCCGGGGAGGAGAGGUUCCUUUGUUGGGAAACUUGUGUUGACUGCUGCUGCCUCUGUCGUGACCUUUUUCUUUCCCUUUUCUCUGGUGGCCCACUGUGGUGCAAAGAACUGGUGGCAUUUUGUUCUCACCCCGAUCAGAUUGGGGAGUGAAGUGCGGGGUCCUCCCCACCCCUUGCUCUGAAAGAACAGACUUACUGACUACCAUACAUUACUGUUCUGAGAGCAGGACGCACAUGACUUCCAAGACCUUAGCGCUUUGCUUCCAGGCCAAGACUGCAGGAGUCAACAUCCGGCUGGCUUUGCCAAAGUACAGGUGUAUAAAGUUCAGGGCACUUGAUUUACAUUUGGAGGAGCUGGGGCAGAUGGAGAGGGGGCAGAGGGCAAGAAAGGAGUAAAGAGGAUGGUGAUGUCGGAGGUCUCUCUUCCCAAAUAUGUAAAUAUA